AUGAAGAAGGCAGACAAAGAGAAUGAGGAUGAUGAGUUCUUCGAGGCAAUCAAUUCUAUGAGAAUUGCCUGCCGUUGCAGUCGGGGAAGAGGCUCGGGGCUUGUCGAAAACGGAGAGUCGGCGGAGGUGGAUAGGCGCUACAAUCUUAUAACUCCGGCAACCUUCAGACAUGAUCUUGUCCUUCCUAGUCUCGAUAGCUCUUGUUCUCGUCGACAUCUCAUUGACUGUGAGCUCUCUCAACGACGAUGGGCUCGCCCUCCUCUCGCUCAAGCCAACUGGAGCUCCUCGGACUCCACCCCGUGUUUUUGGACCGGGGUCAGUUGCAGUGAGUCGUUGGACCGAGUUGUGUCUCUCAGCCUACCGAACAGGAAACUCGCCGGUUCCCUUCCUCCUCAGCUUGGGAAUCUCUCGGGUCUACGGCACCUCAACCUGAGAAAAAACGAGUUCGGAGGGGGAUUGCCACCCGAGCUCUUCCGUAUCAAACGUCUGCAGAGUUUGGUUCUUUCAGAGAACUCGCUUUCCGGAUUGGUCCCUUCUGAGAUCGGGAAUCUCGGGUCGAUGAAGUCGCUGGAUUUGAGCCGGAACAGAUUCUCGGGCUCUAUCCCCUCUGAAUUGGGCAACUUGUUGAGCUUGCAAGGGACUCUCGACCUGUCCCACAACUCCUUUGAAGGCCCAAUCCCGGCAAGCCUCGGGAACCUUCCCGAAGAGCUCUACAUCGACCUUAGCUACAACAACCUGAGAGGGCAAAUUCCCGAUGUCGGCAUUUUCCUCGAUUUGGGACCGACUGCCUUUGCAGGCAAUCCAAUGCUAUGCGGCCAUCCCCUGAAAUCCCCUUGUCCCACUAACGGUACUCAACCCGUCCCGUAUUUCCCGUCCCAGAAUUCAAAGGACAGCUUCGACAAACAAGGCAGUGAUCUCAGCAAAGGAAUGCUAAUCCUAAUCGUCUUGAGUUCCAUGAUCGUGAGUUGCUUUGCUGGGUGGGGAUUCUCUUGCUGGUGCAAGAAACCUGAGACUCCUGCUAAGCCAAGACUGAAGUUCCGGAGGGAGCUCAUUUUCUGCCAGAGGAACGACCUUGUCGACCUUCCACCAGAGAAGAUGGACCAGUACAACUUUGUCUCAUUGGACCCUCGAUCAAGCUUCGAUCUCGAGAAGCUUCUGAGAGCGUCAGCCUUUCUUCUGGGGAAGAGCGGGAUCGGGAUGGUCUACCGAGUCGUUCUCGAAGACGGGCAGAGCUUAGCAGUCAGAAGAUUGGGGGAAGGGGGAGGGACUCAGAGGCUGAGGGACUUCCAGACUGAAGUUGAGGCAAUUGCUAAGAUAAAGCACCCAAAUGUUGUGCCUCUCAAGGCUUACUGCUGGUCUGAAGAUGAGAAGCUGCUUAUCUAUGCUUUCAUCCCCAACAGAGACCUUGCCACAGCGAUUCACGGGAAAGCAGGGACAGCCUCCUAUAAUCCGCUUUCCUGGGCAGCUCGUUUGAGAAUCAUAAAAGGAAUAGCGAAGGGAUUGGCUUAUCUUCACGAGUUCAGUCCCAAGCGGUACAUCCACGGAGACCUGAAACCGAGUAACAUCCUCCUCGGAAACAAUAUGCAGCCCUACAUCUCAGAUUUUGGGCUGGCCCGACUUGCCAGUAUUACAGGGGAAUCCUCGAGGGUGCAGUUGGAGCAGGUUGUGAUGACCACACCAGAGCUGCAGAGCUCACCCUAUGAGCUUGCCAUGAUAAGCUCGGCAGAGAACCUGAGGUCAUACUACCAAGCCCCCGAAGCAGCCAAUUCCUCAAAGCCGUCGCAGAAAUGGGACAUCUACUCUUUUGGGAUGAUCUUACUCGAGACAAUAACCGGAAAGCUGCCUGUGAUUGAAGUGGGCCCUCUUAGAUUCGACCUGAUCCAGUGGGUGGAGUCCGGCAUCAGGGAGAGGGUCCCGCUUUCAGAUAUAGUAGACCCAAUCUUGACUCAUGAUCUAGACAAGGGAGAAGAGAUGGGAAGUGUGCUUAGAAUAGCCCUUGCUUGUGUUAAUAGGAGCCCAGACAGGAGACCUUCCGCAAGGCACGCCUUGAAUAGUUUGGACAAAAUCGGGCAGAUCAACUAAAUAGUCGACAUAAUAUAUCUCGAUUGAACAUCAGUAAAUGCUAAUAGAAGUAAAUCAGUCUUAUAACUUCAUGUCAUCUUCCCUGUACACAGCAACAACCGAUAUUGCUCAUGUAACUUUCCAAAUGUUUCCAACAUUUUGCCAUUUGAUGUUCCUUUCCAGUUUCGCUCAAUACGGCUGUAAGUGACAAAUGAACUAGGCUA